UCUAGGAUUGGUAACUGGAGUGUGGAGGUGGGGGGCAGUGCCCUGUCUUGGCCCCGGGGUUCGGGUCUCCAGCUGCAGGCCAGACUGGAUCGCAGAGAAAAGAUCUGGCUAAACGGGACGGCAGACGGACGAUGUCUUCGGACCACAGCAGGAUAUAUGAACGGUCUGAUCGAGGAUGUCACUGUGGCGGCGUGUGUGGGAGCGAAUCACAGUUUAAUGCUGGAUGUACAGAAAAGAGAUGGCAGCAACGAACCUGAAACUCUGGGCAUUGUGUCUGUGGGAUCAGCCAAUCAGAGGCUGAUGCUGCGAGCAAGUGGCUGUUUUGAGAGUCUAACUGCAGUGGAGGCACGGAUUCAUUACUUGAGCUCUCAGAUACGGAAUAAGCUGCUAGAAAGAAUCAAGACGUUACAGCAUCUCCUUGUUGAAUUCAGACAGCAGUCCAGGGACAGUGAGUUGCUCCAGGAGCUGAGCGCUGUGCCCCUCCACAUCUCCCAGCAAGCAGAGGCUCUUCUGGAGCACAGAGACAGAGGUCUGUUGGCUCUGUGGCAGAACGGCCCCGUGCGUCACAUCAUGACCGACAGUCUGCCUCGCUUUCUCGGCUUGCUGCAGCACGCCUCCCUGCUGGGCCAACAGGAGCUGAGGAGGCCCCUGGCGACUCUGGCCGGUGUGUACCAAGAUGUGAGGGGCCAGAGCCUGGAGGCGUUGUGGAGAGGGGCUGUGUCAUUGUGGACUGACGAACUGGUGGAGGUGCUACCUGUGCUGUUGGAGAACCCACAGCUGAGGCCACUGGCUCAGGCCACUAUCACCACGCUGAGGUUCGCCCUGGAUGUG